GCCGGCGUCAGGGUCCAUCCCUCGCUCCCCUCUCGCUCCUCCCGCCCACGCCCUGCAUCUGGGCCCGCAUCCCUUCACCCAAAAGCUCCGUCCCAGAUCCUGCCCUCGCCCCUCCCCCAGAUUUCUGGCCAGCGCCCUUGCCUGGUAGGUAGCCUUCUAACCAUCCCUCCCUCCUGCACCUUCUUUUCCCUGGAUCCCUCUCCUGUCCCCCUUUCCCCAAGUGCCGGGUCGCUCCGCCCCUCCGGACCGGGGAUGUCCCCCGCAGCCCCGCACCCAUGGUCCUGACGCUGCUUCUCUACGCCUACAAGCUGUGCCGCUUCUUCACCAUGUCGGGCCCACGGCCAGGCGGUGAGCGGCUAGCUGUGCCGGGGCCGGACGGGGGCGGCGGCGCGGGCCCAUGGUGGACCGCGGGCGGCCGCGGGCCCCGCGAGGUGUCGCCCGGGGCGGGCUCCGAGGUGCAGGGUGCCCUGGAGCGCGCGCUGCCCGAGCUGCAGCAGGCGCUGUCGGCGCUGAAGCAGGCGGGGGGGGCGCGGGCCGUGGGCGCCGGCCUGGCCGAGGUCUUCCAGCUGGUGGAGGAGGCCUGGCUGCUUCCGGCCGUGGGCCGAGAGGUAGCCCAGGGUCUGUGCGACGCCAUCCGCCUGGAUGGCGGCCUCGACCUACUGCUGCGACUGCUGCAGGCGCAGGAGCUGGAGACGCGCGUGCAGGCCGCCCGCCUGCUGGAGCAGAUCCUGGUGGCUGAGAACCGGGACCGCGUGGCGCGCAUCGGUUUGGGCGUGAUCCUGAACUUGGCAAAAGAGCGGGAGCCGGUGGAGCUGGCGCGGAGCGUGGCCGGCAUCUUGGAGCACAUGUUCAAGCACUCGGAGGAGACGUGCCAGCGGCUGGUGGCGGCCGGUGGCCUGGACGCCGUGCUGUACUGGUGCCGCCGCACGGAUCCGGCGCUGCUCCGCCACUGCGCGCUGGCGCUGGGCAACUGCGCGCUGCACGGGGGCCAGGCGGCGCAGCGGCGCAUGGUGGAGAAGCGCGCCGCCGAGUGGCUCUUCCCGCUCGCCUUCUCCAAAGAGGACGAGCUGCUGCGGCUGCACGCCUGCCUCGCGGUGGCGGUGCUGGCAACCAACAAGGAGGUGGAGCGCCAGGUGGAGCGCUCCGGCACGCUGGCGCUCGUGGAGCCGCUCGUGGCCUCGCUGGACCCCGGCCGCUUCGCCCGCUGCCUGGUGGAUGCCAGUGACACAAGCCAGGGCCGCGGGCCCGACGACCUGCAGCGCCUCGUGCCGCUACUCGACUCGUCGCGCUUGGAGGCGCAGUGCAUCGGGGCUUUCUAUCUGUGUGCGGAGGCUGCCAUCAAGAGCCUGCAGGGCAAGACCAAGGUAUUCAGCGACAUCGGAGCCAUCCAGAGCCUGAAACGCUUGGUUUCCUACUCCACCAAUGGCACCACGUCGGCGCUGGCCAAGCGCGCGCUGCGCCUGCUGGGCGAGGAGGUGCCGCGGCCCAUCCUGCCCUGCGUGGCCAGCUGGAAGGAGGCGGAGGUCCAGACGUGGCUACAGCAGAUCGGCUUCUCGCAUUACUGCGAGAGCUUCCGGGAGCAGCAGGUAGAUGGCGACCUGCUUCUGCGGCUCACGGAGGAGGAGCUCCAGACCGACCUGGGCAUGAAAUCCGGCAUCACCCGCAAAAGAUUCUUUAGGGAGCUCACGGAGCUCAAGACCUUCGCCAACUACGCUACGUGCGACCGCAGCAACCUGGCUGACUGGCUGGGCAGCCUGGACCCGCGCUUCCGCCAGUAUACAUACGGCCUGGUCAGCUGCGGCCUGGACCGCUCCCUGCUGCACCGCGUGUCCGAGCAGCAGCUCCUGGAGGACUGCGGCAUCCGCCUGGGCGUGCAUCGCGUGCGCAUCCUCACGGCCGCCAGAGAAAUGCUACACUCCCCCCUGCCCUGCACUGGCGGCAAGCCCAGUGGGGACAUCCCAGAUGUCUUCAUCAGCUACCGCCGGAACUCAGGCUCCCAGCUUGCCAGCCUCCUGAAGGUGCAUCUGCAGCUGCACGGCUUCAGUGUCUUCAUUGAUGUGGAGAAGCUGGAAGCGGGCAAGUUCGAGGACAAGCUCAUCCAGAGUGUCAUGGGUGCCCAUAAUUUUGUGCUAGUGCUGUCGGCCGGGGCCCUGGACAAGUGCAUGCAGGACCAUGAGUGCAAGGACUGGGUGCACAAGAUGCCUACAAGCAUGCGUGGUACGAAGCAGGCUCUUGACAAGUUUAUGGAAUACUUGAACCAGUGACCAAACAGAGGAAGCUGAGAUAACUGGGAAGGCCAUACAUGUCCACCAGGUUCACCAGGCCAGAACACUCGACUCGAAUCCAAGUUUUCAUUCUUAACCUGCUGGAUGACCUUGAACAAGCCAUUCUUCCUCUCUUGGCCAGAUACUGAGUCUGUGCAAUGAGCAGUGUGCGGUCUUUGGGUCUGUGUAAUUCUGGAUAAAACAAAUGUCUAAAGGCUCUCAAAUAAAUUUGUGCAGGGUCAGAAUUCAUAUAAGUUCUCAGCAGAGAGGCAGAGGGCUUGGCUAAAAGAGCCCUGGGCUUGGAAUCUAAAAGCUUGAUUCAGAAGCCUGGCCCCUCUUGGGCUGAGCAUUUGUGUGACUUGGGGGCAAGUCCCUUCCCCUCUCUGGGCUUCCUUCUUCUCAUUCAUAACAUGAGAGGUUCCCCAAAAGCAAUCAGUGCUGGAGUUAUGUGGAUUCUUUCCCCAGGAAGGCUCUGCUCCCCACGCGUGCUUGACGCCCAUCCAGAGGGAGGAGGGGUGGCGAGAGCCUCUGCCUUGGACCAGUCCCAAAGGCUCCACCAGCCUUCCUUGGUUGUUGUUAGUGCUUCAUUGCCUCUGGUUUUAAAACUCCUUUCCCCGAAGCCACAUUUGCUGGGUAAUCAAUAUAGAAAACCACAAGUGAACUGCACUCAAGAAAUCCCAAUCCCUGAGGUUCCCCCCUUGAAAGGGAAAAAACAUUUAAUAAGCACUUACCAGAGCAUCCAUUAAUAGUAAGUAAUAUCCUCAGAACCACCUUGUGAGGGAGGUUUAUUAUCUUUCUUUACAGAGGAGGAAAUCAUAACCCCUGUGAUUGAUUAAGCACACACUACAUGCUGAGCGCUGCUUUAACCACUUGCCACGGGACAUGGCAGGUAUCCCCCCAACAGAAGAGAAAACAGAGGCUUUGAGGGCCUGUUGGUUGCCUGAGACCACAAAGCCUGUGUCAGAGAUUCGAUGUGAACCCCAAUCUCAUGAUUCCAGAGUGUAGCCCCUAACAGCUAUGCUACGUUGUCUCUCCCAUUCAUUCAUUCAUUCAUUCAUUCCAACCAUCCAGCCAUCCAAUUAAGUAUUUGGCAAAGGCUGAGUAUGGGCAAGGCUUUGUGAAAGAUGCUGAGAUACAAGGUGGAUAAAAACCAGACAUGAUCCCUGUCUUUAUGUCUGGUGGGGAAGACAGAUAUUAAGUAAAUUACUCAUUAAGUUUGCAACUGUAGCAUGUGCUAAAGAGCCUGUGAGAGCCUACAAUAGGGAGAUCGUGCCUAGUCAGAGAAGGGAGUGGAGACUUCCAUGGGAAAGUAUGGAUUGAGCUCAGAUCAGAAAAA